UGAAUUAUUCAUGACUAGGCACCGAAGCGAGGCUGGCGAGAUUGCUGCACUAGGAGAGGCGAUCAUGUCGGACCGGGACAGUGGUGACGAGAUGGGGGCGAGUGCCCAGCAAAUACAAGGUGUCCAAGAACUAGCCACAAAGACACUUCACAUCCAGUCGAAACGGUUUUACCUGGAUGUCAAACAGAACCGGCGAGGCCGUUUUCUCAAAAUAGCCGAGGUCGGUGCUGGUGGCAACAAAAGCCGUUUAACACUUUCAAUGUCAACAGCGGCAGAAUUUCGCGAUCAUCUCACAGACUUCAGUGAGCAUUAUGCACAGCUGGGGCCAGCCAAUCCUGACAACCCUCCCGAGGAUGGACGCUUGAAGAGCGAGACCAUGGUCAAGGAAAACAGACGUUAUUACCUGGACCUUAAAGAGAACGCGCGUGGCCGAUUUUUGAGGGUUAGCCAAACCGUCAACCGCGGACCACGGACACAGAUCGCCUUGCCAGCCCAGGGCUUGGUCGAGUUCAGAGAUGCGCUAACGGAAUUGCUGGAUGAGUUCGGCACCGAUGACAUGAGUGCAGAACAACCAGAACUCCCUGAAGGUCGUCACAUGAGGGUGGAAAAUAAAAACUUCUACUUCGACAUUGGCAGCAACAACAGAGGUGUCUACAUGCGCAUAUCAGAGGUGAAGAGCACUUUUCGCACAUCAAUAACCAUUCCGGAAAAGUCAUGGGUACGUUUCCGAGACAUCUUCGGUGACUAUGUGGAAAAGAUGAAAGAAACACAACAAAGAAAAGAACAGCAGGACAGAAGUUCAGGAGACUGAGGAAGAAGGAAGCCUGUUCUGCAGACAUUUCCAACACUUCGUGCUGCCUGUCGGACUUGGACCUGCUCAAAGGAGUGGCUCGUGUUUUUUCAACUUCGUUUGUAAUUUGUUCCCAACAGAAUCAGUAUUUCAUAUGGACAGUUAUCCCGUUGAUCAACUGAAGAGACGUAGAAGCAGUUUCCUGGUUUCUGUAGUCGUCAAUGUUGUAAUAUUUUCCUACACAUUGUAAGUUCUGGCUUAGAGAUUUGGAAUGAAAGAACAAAAUACAUUAUUCAAAAUAACAACUUGAAAGAAUGUGGUAUUUAAGAGUUGUGUACCAACACCAACUGUGUUUCAGUUGAAAUUUUGCACACUUAGCUUUGAUUAAAACCUACUACCAACUGUAGCUAUGGAUUUGAAUCUAUGUCGUUGCAUUGUUCCCAUAGCAACCCAUGGUGCUCAUAGGAUGACCUUUGACAUUAUUGGCUGAUUUUGCAAUGGUCGGUAGGAGAGGUGACUAUAGAAAAGAGUUUGCUGUACUUGAGUGCACUGCUGUCUGUUUGUUUGAAGUUGUUAGAAAAGAGAAAGAAUGUAACAUGUCAAGCAUAUCUUCUCUAAUACAUGUAGGUGGUAAAUCUAUUUGUACUGAGUUUCUCUACUAUGCUUUUGUCGGUGUUUAUUGUGUUGGUAAUGUGAGUAUGGAUCAUCUACUGGAGUCAAGGAUGCUGGUUUGGUACACCCCAAAGACAAUCCCUUCAUGUCGGUACUGAGAAAACACAGCAGCCACCUUUCACCUGUCAUUUGAACCUUCUCUCUGCCCAGGUAGCCUUUUAGCACCACAUUUGGAAUGGCUACGAGGUUAGGUAGCAGGGAGCUGAGGACUGAAUUUUGGUUCUGGCACAAACAUUUGUGCUGUAUGACGGACAACCUCAGUUAAAAACAGUCCUUACCGGAAACUAAAAUAAAAAGAGUCACAGAUUCUUGCUUGGUUUUCAUUCUCUUAAAAAAAAGAUAAAGAUGAGAUGAUUCUGCUGUCUAUGAACAUAAGAUGAGCCUAUUUGCUGUCGUGAUUCAUCAAUUUUUAUGAUGGUUCAUUGCCACUUGUUCAUGAGGGGUGUCACAGGGUGUGCCAGAGGCACUGCAUGUAUUCACGGAAAGGAGGAGCCCAAAAGUUUGCCCAGUUUUGACCCAAUUAAAGAAAGAAAAAAGAAAGUCCUGGUCAUAACAUAAGACUAUCCACUGGCAAGUGAUGUAAGCAAGAAUGUUCCCAGUUUGGAGACAACAAUUAAAAAGGCACCGCCCCUGAGGUUUUGCCAAAAAUGUUAACAUUUGGUCUGUCAGCAUAAAACAGCCUUACGCCUGGAUAUUAAAGCUGUGGAUACUCUUAGUUAUGUACAAUAUUGAACCUGGUUUUGUUGUGGUGAUGUACAAUAUCAAGCCACUAUGUGCCACAAUGUUGUGGUCAUGCUUUUUACUAGCCUUGCCAAUCAAGACCCAACGAUUUGACUGUAACAUAAUGUAAAUGAAAGAUUCUUCAUAUGAAUGACAAUAUUGUUUGUCAAACAUUCCUCCACAGCUAGGCAUCGUUGAUACAUGUAAAAUACUGUAUGUUUAUCAAUCAACUCCUUUUGUUAAAAAAAGGCUAAAACUUUUGAUCUUUAUUAGAUGAACUUCUGAAAGUGGUCACAGAUUUGAGUGUAUAAAGUUAAGAUUCUGUCAGUUCAUCUGCAUGUAGUUCUUUUUUUUUGAGGAGGCAGAUCUUCUUAAAUCAAAUGUUAAUUUUUA